GGACAGGAGCUGGGGAAAUGGGGGGCUGGUCUGGGACCCUCUGGACUGAGUUCAACCCGUCCGUCUUUGACCUGCUUUUCGGGGCUCCCUCCCGGGCUCAGCCUUCCCCGGCCGGUCUUGCUGGCCCCGCAGGGUGGCUGUUGGGUCGGUGAAAUGAGCGCGCGAGUGGCACGUCCCUUCCCAGCGCUCAAGCCCUGUUCCCCGCCGUCUUUCCUGCCAGGACCAUCAGCACGUGCCCAUCGACAUCCAGACCAACAAGCUGCUCGACUGGCUGGUGGACAGAAGGCACUGCAACCUGAAGUGGCAGAGUCUGGUGUUAACCAUCCGAGAGAAGAUCAAUGCUGCCAUCCAGGACAUGCCGGAGAGCGAGGAGAUCGCCCAGCUGCUCUCUGGGUCCUGACUGGCAGGAGAUUGUAGCCCUGUAUGAGAAGGACAACACCUACCUAGUUGAACUCUCCAGCCUCCUGGUUCGGAAUGUCAACUACGAGAUCCCCUCACUGAAGAAGCAGAUCGCCAAGUGCCAGCAGCUGCAGCAAGAAUACAGCCGCAAGGAGGAGGAGGGCCAGGCGGGGGCCGCUGAGAUGCGGGAGCAGUUCUACCACUCGUGCAAGCAGUACGGCAUCACGGGGGACAACGUCCGGAGAGAACUGCUGGCCCUGGUGAAGGACCUGCCGAGUCAGCUGGCCGAGAUCGGGGCGGGGGCCCAGUCCCUAGGGGAAGCCAUUGAUCUGUACCAGGCCUGCGUGGGGUUUGUGUGUGAAAGCCCCGCAGAGCAGGUGUUGCCAAUGCUGCGGUAUGUGCAGACGCGGGGCAACUCCACGGUGUAUGAGUGGAGGACCGGCUCGGAGCCCUCGGUGGUGGAGCGGCCGCACCUUGAGAAGCCUCCUGAGCAGGUGGAGGACGACGCGAUUGACUGGGGCGACUUCGGGGUGGAGGCGGCGUCUGAAGGGGCUGACUCUGGCAUCUCUGCCCAGGCUGUGGGAAUUGACUGGGGCAUCUCCCUGGAGUCCGACUCAAAGGAAACAGGGGGUGAUGAGAUAGAAUGGGGAGAUGAUGCCGCUGCUCUGCAGAUCACAGUGCUGGAAGCCGGAACCCAGGCUCCAGAAGGUGUUGCUAGGGGCCCAGAUGCUCUGACGCUUCUUGAAUACCCCGAGACCCGGAAUCAGUUCAUUGAUGAGCUCAUGGAGCUCGAGAUCUUCUUGUCCCAGAGAGCAGUGGAGAUGAGUGAGGAGGCAGACAUCCUGUCCGUGAGCCAGUUCCAGCUGGCUCCAGCCAUCCUGCAGGGCCAGACCAAAGCGAAGAUGGUCACCAUGGUGUCGGCGCUGCAGGAUCUCAUUGGCCGGCUCACCAGUCUUCGAAUGCAGCACCUGUUUAUGAUCCUGGCCUCACCGAGGUAUGUGGACCGAGUGACUGAGCUCCUCCAGCAGAAGCUGAAGCAGUCCCAGCUGCUGGCUCUGAAGAAGGAGCUGAUGGUGCAGAAGCAACAGGAAGCGCUUCGGGAGCAGGCAGCCCUGGAGCCCAAGCUGGACCUGCUGCUGGAGAAGACCAGGGAGCUGCAGAAGCUGAUUGAGGCGGACAUUUCCAAGAGGUACAACGGGCGCCCCGUGAACCUGAUGGGAACCUCUCUGUGACAUGAUCCCCGUUCUUCCUGCCAGUCUUCUCAGCCUUCAGGACAGAGGAGGGACUGACAGCCAGGGACCCCUCCCGACAAGAGGCCAGGCCAGCUGGAGGAUGGAAAGCCCCUUGAUGGAACCAUCACCCAGAUGGUGACCUUGGCACUCGCUGUAGUCUCUGCAAGAAGCUGUCUUGGUUGGUCCUGUGGCCCAUCAGCCUGAAACCACAGCUUCUGCUCCUUCUCGUUAUCUAGUUGGACUUAAUAAAAGAGGAAAGGACCCUUGCUUCA